AUGGCCGCUCCUGCCACAAAGACGAUCGCCGACCUCAACGGCAAGUGGGUCAUGAACAAGACCCUCUCCGAUUCCCCGGAGCCUGCUCUCGCCCUUCAGGGCAUCGGCUGGAUGACCCGCAAGGCUGUCGGCCUUGCCACUGUCACACUCGACGUCAAGCAGUACACCGCUCCUCCCUCCCCUCCCGGCUCCGGCACUGAGCCCGUCACCCACUUCGAUAUUGACCAGUUCGCCACGGCCGGCCUCAAGGGCACCACAGAGAAGCGCUGUGUCGACAAUGAAUGGCGUGAGCAUUCCGACUGGAUGUUCGGCAGCGUCCGUGGCCAGAGCCGCUGGAUGACCCUCGCCGAGAUUGAGGAUGAAUUCCUCAAGAAGGGCUGGCUCGAGGGCGACGCCGAGGCCACCGGUCCCGAUGGCAAGGCCCACCUCUACAGUCACGUCGAGAGCAUCGACAAUGGCUGGACUGCCUCUCAGAUCUGGGGCUUCCAGACCGUCGAGGGCGAGAGACGCUACACGCGUAACGUUCUCGUUCAGAAGGGUGGCAAGAGAGUCGAGAUUCGCCUUGUCUACGACUACCUUCCUUAA